AAGAAAUGCAUAUGUUAACUCAUGUUUCACACUCCAAUCCAGAUGGUGGCAGUAAUAUUCCAAAAUGCUGGUUGCCAACUGUCAAAAAUAUUAAUAAGAAGAAGUGCCACCAGCGUAAGCAAGCGCCGCCAAACAAAACAAAGCACUGCUGGGAAAGAGUCAGUUUUAUUUACAAGACUCACUGUGAGGAACAGUUGUAAAUUUGGAAAUUAUUACCUUAGAGGACCAGCAGAUGCAGCUUUAUUCGGAGGAGGACACGUGUUUCAGAGCGAGCGGUACUGUGGACUGAUAUUAUUCUACACAUGCUGAAGGUGAACUCCAUCACUGAGAACUUCAUGGCAGAAACACCAGGAAGGGCUCUGGAAAUGUCAGGCCUGAUGGAGGAGACACGCCAUGUUAAAGAGAGAGAAAAAACUAAAUCACUGAAGAGAAAAGACAAAAAAUGUUUCACCUGCACUGAGUGUGGCAGGAGUCUGUCAAACAAAGAGAAUCUCAAGGUCCACAUGAGGAUCCACACCGGAGAGAAACCAUUCACAUGUUCUCAGUGUGGCAAGAGCUUCAGAGAUGCAUCAAACCUUAAUAAACACAUGUUGAUCCACACUGGAGAGAAAACACACACAUGUGGUCAAUGCAGCAAGACAUUUUUGAGGGCUUCAGAGCUGAAUGAUCACCUUAGAGUUCAUACAAAAGAGAAGCUUUAUUCAUGCGCACUGUGUGGAAAGAGUUUUGCAAAUCAAACAAGUUUGAGAUAUCAUCAGAAGACUCACACCGGUGUGAGAGAGUAUGUGUGCUUUGAGUGUGAGAAGACCUUUAUUACAGCUGCUAUCCUAAAACAACACCAGAUGAUUCACACUGGAGAGAAGCCUUACAAGUGUGCACACUGCGACAUGCGAUUCAUGUAUUUAGGAAGCCAGAAAACACAUGAGAGGACUCACACUGGAGAGAAACCUUACAAGUGUAUACACUGCGACAAGAGAUUCAGUCGGAUAGAGAACCAGAAAUCACAUGAGAGGAUUCACACUGGAGAGAAACCUUACAUGUGUUCACACUGCAACAAGAGAUUUCGUGAUGCAAAAUGUCUAAAACAACACCAGAGGAUUCACACUGGAGAGAAACCUUAUAAAUGUUCACACUGCGACAAGAGAUUCAGUUGCAUAGGAAACCAGAAAUCACAUGAGAGGAUGCACACUGCAGAGAAACUUUACAAGUGUUCACACUGCGACAAGAGAUUCAGACAUUUAGGAAACCAGAAAUCACAUGAGAGGAUUCACACUAGAGAGAAACCGUACAGGUGUUCAUACUGCGACAUGAGAUUCAGUCAGUUAAGAAGCCUGAAAAUACAUGAGAACAUUCACAGUGGAGAGAAACAAGUGAGAUUCAGUCAGUCAGAAACAUUGAAAAACACACAAGAGUGUCACGUCUGAGAGUAACCUUAAUGUACAAAUAUGCAAACUAGCAAUAUUGAUGGGUCACUUAAUGUCCACUUGGAACUUCUCUUAAUUGUAUGAGAGCAUGCGGAGCUUCGUCCAGGAGUUUGGGCAAUUAUAGGCUGGGCUGAAAUGAAGUCAUCUGGCUUGGAGAUAUAGAAGUUUGCAUGAUUAACCCCUGUAAUCUUCAGACUGGUGAGCUGAUCUUCCUUUAACUAUAGAGGAAUUACCAACCUACGUCACACAUGACGUCACACGGGUUGCAAAAAGAGACCGGUUGCAAAAGCAAACAUGUUGUGUUGUGCGGUAGGAUGCCAAAUUCGAGUCCAAUAAUAGAAAACUUAACUUUAACUUACCAAACUUCCAGGGAGUUGCGUUGAAGGAAGUUGAAGCUAAACUAUGCAGGACAUCGGCCCUCCAGGAUUGAGUUUGAACACCUCAACUCUGUGGCAGUAGUCUCAAACUCAGUUCCUGGAGGGCCGGAGCUCCAACUCCCACCUGCUUUAUAGUUUCUAGUAGUCUUGAUCACAUUGAUUAAAUAGAUCAGGUGUGUUUGACUAGGGUUGGAGUAAAACUGUGCAGAGCUGCGGCCCUCCAGGAGUUGAGUUUGAGACCUAUGCUCUAGGGCAGGGAUUUCCAAACUCGGUCCAAGAGGGCCGUUGUCCGGAGUUUGGCUCCAACUCUAAUCAAACACACCUGAACCAGCUAAUCAAGCUCUUACUAGAUAUGCUAGAAACUUUCUGGCAGGUGUGUUGAAGCAAGUUCGAGCUAAACUCAGCUGGACACUGGUACUCCAGGAUCGAGUUUGGACAUCUCUGCUCUAGGGGAUCCUAAGGCGUUCUCAGGCAAGCUGAGAGACAUAGGCUGCGUCCGAAACCGCCUACUACUCAGUAGGUACUGCAUUUGAGUUUAAACGUACUACUCGGCCGUUAGAAAAGUACGUUCUAUACAGUAUG